CCUUCGCCACUAGAAAUAGGCGACAAAUUCGUCAUAAAUUGUUGUCUUAUCACUGCACAAUUUUUAAUUGAAGUUAUUGGUAUUCCCAUACUAUCUUGUGUGAUUCAGCCUACACUUGGAAACUACUGCAUAAGAGUAUUAAAAAUGCUGCAAAAUAUAAUUGAUUUCUGCAAUUAUUGGUGGUUCCGAUACCUUAUGGUCACCGAGCUAUAUAUGGUGGAAAAGUGGGAACGUGUAACAAUUCAUGUGAUAUUUGCUGUGCUCUUCUGCUUAUUCUGGUACUUUAAUUACUCAGUGCUUUUAUCGUUUACGGGAAAUAUAUUUGGUGUUACACCCAUUUCCUCCAUUAUUGAUCAGCAGACUAGUAAAAUCGCAUAACUAUAAUGAUUGCGGGUGUGAUAGCCGGUAGAAACUGAAACAAACCCAUGUGGCGAGGUGGAGAUAAAAAUUAGUUAAUAUAAGUGCAUUAAAGUGAAAAUAAAGAUUUCUACACAACCGUAUUGCAAGUUA